GCAAUCUUUCCCAGAGAUAACCAUGUUUCUAGCAAGGAGCUGCCUAUAAAUGCUGGGCUUACACGGCUCUUACCAACACUCUGUGACUCUUUAGCUUUGAAGAGCAAGAUGGCCACCAAAACCCCAUCUCAGAUGGAGCGCAGCAUAAACACCAUCAUUGAUGUCUUCCAUCGUCACUCCAGGAAGGAAGGAAACGAUGACACGCUCAGCAAGAAGGAAUUCAAAGACAUGGUGAGAACGGACUUGGCAACCUUUCUGAAGAAGGAGAAAAGAAACGAAGCAGUCAUUAAUGACAUCUUGGAAGACCUGGACACAAACCUGGACAAUCAGUUGAGCUUUGAGGAGUGUAUGAUGCUGAUGGCAAAGCUGAUCUUUGCCUGUCAUGAGGCGCUGCAUAAGAACAACCCACGUGGACAUGACCACAGCCACGGCAAAGGCUGCGGGAAGUAAUCAAGAGGUCAGCCGUGUGAUGCCUGCCCAACCAAGUCUAAAGGGGAUGAAUGGCUUACUAAAUGGCCUUGGUCGUGGGGCUGGGGAAUGAUAAAAUUAAAUAAAGAAAGAAAAGUCUUUAUCCA